AUGAAGGAUUCAUGUUGGUCCAAUAUUAUCAUUUACAGACUGAAGAAUUUACCAUUCACUUUUACUAAGCUUAAAGAACUUGCAGCUUUGUGGCUUUCUGACAACCAGUCCAAGGCUCUCAUUCCACUGCAAACUGAGGCUCACCCAGAAACAAAGCAAAGAGUACUGACUAACUACAUGUUUCCGCAGCAACCCCGCAGUGAUGAAGAUUUCCAGUCAGACAGUGAUAGUUUUAACCCUACUUUAUGGGAGGAGCAGAGACAGCAACGUAUGACUGUUGCCUUUGAAUUUGAAGAAAAAAAGGAAGAGGAGGAAAAUGCAGGGAAAGUUAAGGUUGAAAUAAAUCUAAAACGUUAUCCCACUCCAUACCCGGAGGAUUUAAAGAAUAUGGUAAAAUCAGUUCAAAAUCUGGUGGGCAAAACAAGCCAUGGAGUACGGCCUGAGAACUCAACACCAACUGCGAACAGUGAACAAACUGUGAAAGAAAAGUAUGAGCACAAGUGGCCCAUGGCACCAAAGGAGAUUUCAGUGGAGGUUCAAGAUAGAGAAAUUAAAGAAUUCCAAAAGAGUCACCUGUCUGAUACAGACAACACUCAUAGAUCCACUCUGGAAAUCCAAGAUAGGAAGGAGAAAGAAGAGCAUACCAAAAGCUCAAAGGAUGCCUUUGGACAUCCUGCCAGUGAGAUGAGGAUAGGGGAGCUUCGUCCUUCCAUGCCAGAGACUCCGUUGUACCCACCCAAACUUGUUCUCCUGGGUAAAGAGAAGAAAGAAUCGACAGAUGAGUCUGAAGCAGAUAAGAUCCAUUGUCUGAAUAACAGCGUUUCCUCAGGCACUUACUCAGACUAUUCCCCUUCCCAGGCUUCCUCAGGGUCCUCCAACGCGCAUGUUAAAAUGGGGUCCUUGCAGACAACGGCUAAAGAAGCAGUGAAUAACUCCUUGUGGGGGAACAGGCUGGCACAGUCAUUUCCACAGCCCCUUGAAACAAAGCCAUUGCUGAGCCAGCGGGAAUCCGCUCCGGCGGGGAACCUGCCACAGCGCACCGACCGGCGCCCGCUGAGCGACACCUUCGCCGACAGCUGGAACGACAGCUCGCACUACGAUAACACAGGGUUCGUUGCGGAGGAGAGCACGGUGGAGAAUCCUAGUGCUAACCCCCUCCUGAGCACGAAAUCUAGAAGCACAUCUGCGCACGGACGCAGGCCGUUGAUUAGACAAGACAGGAUCGUUGGCAUUCCCCUGGAGCUGGAGCAGCCGACGCUCAGAAAUACACAUGAAUCUGAAGUGCCUCCUCCCAAUCCUUGGCAAAACUGGACCAGAACCCCUAGUCCUUUUGAAGACAGGACAGCUUUUCCUUCCAAACUGGAAAGCACCCCCACCACCAGCCCUUUGCCUGAGCGGAAAGAUCAUGUCAAAGAGUCUCCCGAAAUGACUAGCACUUUCACUCCAGGAAUAGCGUGGGAAUAUCACGAUUCAAAUGCUAACAGAAGUCUCACAAAUGUCUUUUCCCAUAUGCACUGUCGCCCAGAUCCUUCCAAAAAUGUUAUUUCGAUCAGCAAGAGUACAGAACGGCUUUCUCCGAUGAUGAGGGAUUUAAAAACUAACAAAUUUAAGAAGUCACAAAGUAUUGACGAGAUAGACAUUGGUACAUACAAAGUGUAUAAUAUACCCUUAGAAAACUAUGCAUCUGGUAAUGAUACUGUAGGAACCCACGAGAGGGUGGACAAGCUGCUGGGCCCGGAGCACGGCAUGCUGAGCAUGUCCCGCAGCCAGUCGGUCCCCAUGCUGGACUACGGCAGCGUCAAGGUGCAGCCGCAGCAGAAGUCGUCGGUCACGAAGAAAGUCUACCAGUUUGACCAAAGCUUCAACCCGCAGGGAGCGGUGGAGGUCACAGCGGAGAAGAGGCUGCUGCCGCCUUUCCAGCUCAACCCCGAAUACAUUCCCCAGCAGAGUAAAAACCUGCCCCAGGAUCUGGUCAGCCCGAGGGCCUACCGCGGCUACCCCCCCGUGGAGCACAUGUUCUCCUUCUCCCAGCCGUCGGUGAACGAGGAGGCGGUCAGUGCCCCCUUUGUGAGUCAGGGGUCUCGGCCGGGCUUCUUGAGGAGAGCGGAUUCCUUGGCCAGCUCCACUGAGAUGUCCAUGUUCAGGAGAGUCAGUGAGCCCCAUGAGCUGCCCCCGAGCGACAGGUAUGGCAGGCCUCCCUACCGAGGAGCUGUGGAGCGCCAGAGCAGCAUGUCGGUCUCUGAGUCUCAGUUCCUCAAGAGGAACGGCAGGUACGAAGACGAGCACCCUUCCUACCAAGAAGUGAAAGCCCAGACUGGAAGCUUUCCAGUUAAAAACCUUACACAAAGGAGGCCGUUGUCUGCAAGAAGCUACAGUACAGAGAGUUACGGCACGUCCCAAACCAGGCCGGUUUCAGCGAGGCCUACAAUGGCAGCUCUGCUGGAAAAGAUACCGUCAGACUAUAACUUGGGUAACUAUGGCGACAAGCCUUCCGAUAACAGUGAUAUAAAGACAAGGCCUACCCCUGUGAAGGGAAAUGAGAGCUGUGCUAAAAUGCCCGCUGACUGGAGACAACAGCUACUUAGACAUAUAGAAGCUAGAAGGUUAGACAGGACCCCAUCACAGCAGAGCAGCAUUCUGGACAACGGGCAGGAGGAGGUGUCUGUGAGCAGCCAGUGGAACCCCUACCCGCUGGGGCGGCGGGACGUGCCGCCAGAGACCGUCACAAAGAAGGCAGGUAGCCAUAUCCAGACUUUAAUGGGAUCACAAAGCCUACAGCAUCGGAGCCGCGAGCAGCAGUACGAGGGAAACAUGAACAAAGUCACCAUUCAGCAGUUUCAGCCACCACUGCCUAUUCAGAUUCCCGCUUCGCAGAGCUCUCGAGCACCUCAGACAGGGCGAUGUUUAAUCCAAACCAAGGGUCAGAGAAGUACGGACGCGUACCAGGAGCAGUUUUGUGUGAGGAUAGAGAAGAAUCCUGGCCUUGGCUUUAGUAUCAGUGGUGGAAUAAGUGGACAAGGAAAUCCAUUCAAACCUUCUGAUAAGGGUAUCUUUGUUACUAGGGUUCAGCCUGACGGACCAGCAUCCAGCCUGCUCCAGCCUGGCGAUAAGAUCCUCCAGGCAAAUGGACACAGUUUUGUACAUAUGGAACAUGAGAAAGCUGUACUACUACUGAAGAGUUUCCAGAAUACAGUAGACCUAGUUAUUCAACGUGAGCUUACUGUCUAAAUAUUUUUUUAUAAAUAGUAAAUACGUCUAGCCAGAUCUAAUGUUCAAACAGAUUUAUACAUAGGAAACAAAUUUUUUGCCAAUUGCUGGACCAAUGGCAAACAGUAGUGCCAAAUGUAUAAUACUAUAUGUUAGUACCAAUCAUCUUGAAAAAAAUAUAUUAACUAUAUAAAUAUAUUGUUCAUGUGG